CUAUCAGCUCUGCGCAGAAGCAGUCGCAAGCUGAGACACCUGUUACCCGACAGUGGAUGGCAGCUGCGGGAUCGGCCGGCGUCAGCUACCUCGAUGCCGUGAGUGCCUGAUGUUUUCCCUUCAGUUCACCAGACUUCUCUUGCACAGGUUAUCGUAGUUUAUAGAAGGUUGUGUGAAGCAUUGGAGUGAGCUUUGAUUGUUUCGAGCCAAGUCGGAGCGCUUUGAAACCAAAGUUAAUGCGGAGGGUGUAAACACGGCAGGUUGAGAAUUGCUUGCGUGUCUUUCUAGUAGACUUAUAGGGGGUACGGCAAGUAGAUUCUAACGAGGGCAAAUAGCAAGAGGCUAGUGUGAACGAUGGAGAACCUUAAAGUGAAGGAACUCAUCGAAAUUUGUGACGAACUCGCCCUUACUCUGGGCCGUGCGAAGCGAAAGCAAGCGAUCCUGGAGAACAUGCAGAAGGAGGGAGUAACGGCUGAGGAAGUCGAUGAGGCCUGGGCGGAUAUCAAAGAACGCCGCGAGGAGGCCGAAAGACGAGAACUUCGUGAGCGUGAAGAGACGGAAAGGCAAGAACGCCGCGAGCGCGAGGAAGCCGAGAGACGAGAACUCCGUGAGCGCGAGGAAGCCGAAAGGCAAGAACGCCGCGAGCGCGAGGAACGCGAAGAGCGCCUCGAGAUGAAAAGAAUAGAAUUGGCACUCCGUCAGUGUUCGCAAGCGCCUAGCGUAGCUUCUGCGACGGUUCAGGCUAGUGGACAUAGAAUUCGGGACCAACUGCCACCGUUCGUAGUGGGCGAGGACAUGGCGAAGUAUCUCGUGAAGUUCGAACACGUCUGCGAUAGGAAUGGCAUCGAGCGGUCUCUUUGGGCACAGAACCUGUUAGCUCUUCUCCCCGGGGAAGUAUCCGACGUGAUAACGUACUUGUCGAGGGAGGCGUUUGAUAGCUAUGACGAGGUUAAGGAGGCCCUAUUGAGAAGAUAUAAAUUGUCACCCGAGGCUUUCCGCCAAAGGUUCCGGUAUGCAAAAAGGGGGAAUGAGUCACACGUUGACUUCGCGUUUCGUCUUAAAGCCGAUUUAAUUGAAUGGCUCAAGGGCGAAGAUGUCUAUGACGAUCGCGAUAAAGUGGUAGAGUGCAUAGCAUUGGAGCAAUUCUACCGCUGUAUCGAAUAUGAUGUCAAGCUUUGGCUGCAGGAUAAGCUUGGAGAAGUACAGCCAAACAAGGCAGCAGAGUUAGCUGAAGAGUACUACACUCGUAGAAACUUGCACAGUAGGGCCGUGCGUGUUGAAAAAGCUGAGAGAAAAGAGGGCUUUUCAAAAAAACCUGAUGACAGAAAACCUGCUCCGCACCGUAAUUUCAGAAAAGACCCGUCUUUUACGAAGGAGACUGUGAGGGAAGGGCAAACGGAAGCGCAGAAGUCGAGUGAGUUUCCCAAAGAGCGCACUGAUACUACACGGGCGUUUGAGUCACGGAAGCCGCUAAUCUGUUACAAUUGCAAAAAAGAAGGGCACAUCGCGGUAAAUUGUAAACAAAAGAUUGCUUUUGCAACAAUUCGGGAAUCAGAAAAUAACAUACGGUUGUUGGAACCGUAUAUUCAGGAGAUUAGCGUCAAUGGAAAAACGUGUCGAGCACUUCGAGACUCAGCGGCAAAUAUGGACGUUGUCCAUCCUUCAUUAGUGGCUCCGAACGACUGGACAGGAGAAUGCGCAUGGAUCAGGCAAGUCGCCGAGGAGCAGAGCACUUGCACUACAGAUUGCUACGGUGAUCAUUGA